AUUGACACUCCUGCCACGAAACCGUCUGCCGAUGGCGACGAAUGUCGACACCGCGGCGGCUGUAAUGCAGGCGGUGGAGUGCAUGCUCCAAUGCAUUGAAGUGGUUCACUUGAUCCCGCCUACGAGUAACGAAGUUGCGCUCACGGUGCAUGCAAUGUGCAUCGCCUUGUCGUUCGACAAGCCUUGGACCUCCAUGUUUGGCAUAUAUGGCACGACCUGUACCCUUAUGCAAAGCCUGACUCCGUUACCUUCGCUAAUAUUGUCAGUGGUCCGUACGAGCGACGAUUCUCAUGAAACUCAAGAAAUGGCUCGACUCGUGAAGUCGUGUGUCCAAGAUAUCCACAAGCAUCGACUCACGCGGACAAGCAGUUUCAGCCAGCACCACAAGGAUUAUUCGUUCCCAACCGCAGCGUUGACGCCCGUGCUGGAGGACCCUCUCGAAGAACGGUGGACUGACACUGGCGGGGCAGUGUAUGCUCGUAAAAACGUGUUUCACGAGGCGUUCGCCCCCAUCACACACUGCCGACGCUAUGCCAAGGUGCGCCGGUCCGAUGCGGCCAUUUACAAAGCAUUGCGCGUCCAAGUGCGGCAGAACCUGGUGGCGCGUGAAGUGAAUCGCAUUGCCAAGCUCAACCACCCCCACUUCAACCCCACCCACGAUGAUUCCGACAAUGCCGACGGAGGUGAGCCUGGUGAGGUCGACGAAUACGACCACGAAGGCACGACCAAGUUGUUUCAUUACCAAGAUUUUGAACAAGAGUAUGCCGCAGACCAGUAGGGUGAAUAGACUCACCAUAUACCUCAAGCUUGUUUGAUAGUAUGUCAUGUGGAUUCCAGACAAAUCAAGAUUAUAGGCCCUGCAACAGCAGUUG